AUGGCGAAGAGACUUGUUAUGGGCCCCUCUCCAGGGACCGGACUCUUUGUGCAUGAGCCUCGAGCGAGCAAGAGCCGGUACUCACGAGAAUCAAAAGAUGAUGGGAAGUCAAUGGCUGACCAAGAGGAGGAGAAGAUCAAUGGACGCCUUGUGGAGAUACUGGAGCGGAAGUGUGCCAAGUUGAGGAGCCGUGCAGAGCAGGAGGAGAAGAACCGCAAAACUUUGCAGGAGGAGUUGGAGGAGUUGCGACCGCGAUGCGAAGAGUUGCAACGAGAGGUUUGUGACCUGCGAGCGGCGCAUGAGAAGUUAGCUGAGGAUCGACAAGAGGCACUGCGCCGCAAUGGCGAGCUGGCCAACAUACAACAGCAAUGCUGGGCACUGAGAGUUCCUGAGCUCCUGUGCACCUCCACUGCUGCACUGGAAGUGUUGCGUCAACUGCCCCUGACAAUUGCUUCAACUGCCCUGACGCUGACCUCUUCCUUGCGUGCUCUUUCUUGA